AUGGAGAAUUUGUUAAAGAAGAAAAAGGCAGCCAGAGGAUGGGUUUCUAGGCUAGGAAAGGAACUCAUAAGUUUAUUAGGAAGGCCUGUCCUUAGUGCAGUUGAAUUGAAGGCUGUUAUUGACAAUUUUGAUAUUCGUUUGUCCAAGUUAGAUGAAGUACAGUCAGAAAUAGAAGUUGAGUUAGAAAGUGACUUGCUUGAUGAUGACUUGGACAAGGCCUUUGAGUUUAGAACGUCUCUUAUACCUAGGAUUAAAGCUGCUGAGAAACUCCUAGAGUUAGACAAAAAAGGUGACGAUGUUAGUAGUACUACUAAUGGAUCUUCAGGUGCACAAGUGAAGCUGCCUAAGCUAGAACUGCCGAAAUUUAAAGGAGAAGUGACAGAAUGGCAGUCCUUUUGGGACCAAUUCAGUUGCCAUGUAGACAAUUCAGAUAUACCAGUAAUAAGUAAGUUUAGUUAUUUAGCGUCAUUGCUGGAAGGAGAAGCCAAAUCAUUUAUCUCAGGUCUAUCUCACACAAGUGUAAAUUAUAUAAGAUUGCAUGUGAUCUACUUAAGGAGAGAUUUGGAAGGCCAGAGAGGAUGA